CUAAAUGCUCCACAUUAAAUAAUGUCUAUGUUUAACGAUACAAAAAAAUAAAGUUAGAUAUAGUGAGAUAAUAUCAAAAGCCAAGGAGUUCCGAUACUUAAGUUAAAAUCCGACCCGGUCAUGAAAAUUGAUGCAACUUUGUAAAGUUGUCUAGAUUUACGUCAGAUAAACAGCUUAACUUUUAGAAAAAAGAUAGAUUUGUACUUACUCAAGUAAAACUUUUUUAAAGUUUUAAAUCUGCCUAUCCUUCUGUAACCAUGAUGCUUGUUUAAAAGUUAAUCAAUGAUAUCGUCAGGGAUUGUUAAUGAGAUCAUAAAUAUUCUAAAGAUUAGAAUCAGGCAACCUUCUCUUAGAGUACCUUUAUCAUUCUUCUUUUAGCAGUUGAUAAAGUCGUGUUCAAUAUUUUCCCAACAAAUGGAGUAUUUGUCUGAACUCGAGUUGUUGCCAACUACGCAGUCGUCUUCCACUCUAUUGGACAAUUUAGUUCAGACUACACCAUCGGAGAUGCAGCAGCUGAAAGACAACAUGGAUAACUUUUUCCUGGUUAUGAUGGGAUGUAUUAUCCUUUUUAUGCAGGCUGGGUUUGCUUUUCUAGAGGCAGGAAGUGUUCGGAGUAAAAAUGUAACAAAUAUACUUACAAAAAAUUUCUCAGAAAUUGUUUUUGGUGUUCCGGCUUACUUUGCUUUUGGAUAUGCUUUUACAUUCGGAGGAGGAGGAGGAAAUAGUUUUAUAGGUCUUGAAUACUUUUGUUUGAUAGGGUUACCACCUAAACAAUAUUCUCAUGCCUUUUUUCAGGCAACCUUUGCUGCAACUUGCACUACCAUUGUUUCUGGGGCUAUAGCUGAGCGAAGUAACUACAAUGGAUAUAUUAUUUUCUGUGUUUUCGUAACAGGAGUUAUAUAUCCAAUCCAAGCACAUUGGGGCUGGAAUGCAAAUGGCUGGCUCGCGCAAACAGAGUUUCAUGAUUUUGCUGGAUCCGGUGUGGUACAUUUAGCAGGAGGAAGCAUUGCUCUCGUAGCCACAUAUAUACUUGGACCUCGUCUUGGUCGCUUUAAUCAUGGAUCUCAGAAAGCAGAAAAUCCUUACUCUGGGCAUUCCAUGCCCUUGAUCUCACUGGGAGUCUUUAUAAUCUUGUUCGGUUUCAUGGCAUUCAAUGGAGGAUCACAAGGUUCUAUAUCCAACGCUGAAGAUGGUGAUAUAGUUGCUCAUGCAGUUCUAUCUACCCUGAUAGCCUGCUGUGUUGGUGGCGGAGUAGUUCUUUUUAUUGUCAAACUUACACCUGGGGGUAGUUGGUCGCUUAAUAAGAUGAUGAAUGGAAGUCUGAUUGGAAUGGUUUCAAUAUGUUCUGGUGCUGACGGUUUUCAUCCUUUGAUUGUCUGUAUUGUGUCAGGAAUAGCAGGUUGUGCGUAUUUUGUGACAUCAAAACUAAUGAUUCGAAUGCAGGUUGAUGACCCUGUUGAUGCUGUAGCUGUUCAUUUUGCCGGAGGGCUGGUUGGAAUGAUAGCAUCGCCCAUCUUCAUGAAUAACGGUGUUCUGUUUACUGGUGGAUCAAGUAGAUCCCUAGAGAUGCUUCUCUGGAACUGUAUAGCAGUCCUGGUUAUAAUAGCCUGGAAUAUGUCGUCCGCUAUCGUGUUUUUCAAAGCCCUCAAGAUGGUGAAUUUGUUCCGAGCCACUCAAAAAGAGGAAAUACAGGGAUUGGAUAUUUUAAAGCAUAAUGAACCUGCUUAUCCAAUGGAGGCAUAUAUGAAUGAAAUGUUGUCUACUGAAGACGAAACUGUGUCUUAUGUUAUCAAUUUACCAAAGCCUGAAAAUGGUCCAUCUCUACGGUCGGAUUCACUUUUUACAAUAAAAAGAAGAAUUAGCAUCAAAUCUGAAAAUCUACCCAACAGAGUUGUGUAAUUGCACUGUCCCGGUGAAAAAUGGAAUUAUAUAAUCUAUUUUUAACACUAUAAUUUUGGUUUGCAGUGUUAUAAAAUUUUGGGACAGACAUUUUUCCUUUAUCGUGAAGUUUCAAGCCUGUUUAGAUUUUUUCUACCGAGCUUUAGCAAGGGACGAAAUAUAAUUUUUCUGUAUAAA